CCGCCCUGGGACUGGACGACGACGAGAGGCCCGAGCGGCAGCGGCAAGGGGAGGGGCGGCCGGCGGGCCGCCAUUAUCCCCUCCCGCCGUCUCCCCGGCCCGGGCCCGCGGCGGGGAGCGGCGGGGGCGGCGGCCGCCUCAGUUGAUUAUGGAAGAAGUGCACAAGAGUAAUAACUCCGAGACAGGGCCUCAGCCGGGCACCGUGGUUCAGGGUACUCACCUCUCUCACAUUGCCCAGCAGAUGUCGCUCAGAGGAGCCGUGCCAAUGACGGUCGUGCAGCUGCCUGGAGAGCAAGUUCACGUCCAGGGGGUCAUCCAGACGGCUCUCUCCUCGUCCGUCAUCCACUCUCCACAGGCACAGACCGUGCAGGGGUCGUCCUUGUCGGAGAGUGAGGAUUCUCAGGAUUCGUCGGACAGCAUAGGCUCCUCCCAGAAAGCACGAGGCAUCCUAGCUCGGCGCCCUUCUUACAGGAAAAUUUUGAAAGAUCUCUCUUCAGAAGACACGAGGGACAGGAAAGGAGACGGAGAGAACGCGGCAGUUUCCUCUGUGACGUCUAUGUCUGUCUCAACUCCUAUCUACCAGACGAGCACCGGACAGUACAUUGCCAUCGCCCCCAAUGGGACUCUGCAGCUGGCCAGUCCGGGGGCCGACGGGGUGCAGGGCCUGCCCACCUUAACGAUGGCUAACGCCGGCGGCGCUCAGCAAGGGACCACCAUCCUCCAGUACGCCCAGACGUCCGACGGCCAGCAGAUCCUCGUCCCCAGCAACCAGGUGGUCGUGCAGACCGCCUCCGGGGACAUGCAGACUUUCCAGAUCCGCACCACCCCGACCACCACCUCCCUCCCUCAGACAGUGGUGAUGACUUCGCCGGUCUCCCUGUCAUCUCAGACCACCAAGACGGACGACCCCCAGUUGAAGAGGGAAAUAAGGCUGAUGAAAAACAGGGAAGCCGCACGAGAGUGCCGGAGAAAGAAGAAAGAAUAUGUCAAGUGUCUGGAAAACCGAGUUGCGGUCCUGGAAAACCAAAACAAAACUUUAAUAGAAGAGUUAAAAACUUUGAAAGAUGCCUACUGCAAUAAAAGUGUGUAAAGCAAAGAAUAAGAUAUUUUUGCGGACUUGCCUAGAGAUCAGAUGGAUUUUGUUUUUAUAUGGAGUUUUAUAAAUGAAAUGAAAGGUCAAAAGUGAAAGGUUUUUUUUUUUUUUUUACUAGAUUUAAAGACUAAAAGAUUUUAUUUACAAGAUGUUGGCCACAGAGUACAAAAGGAAACCUCAAGACAAACAGGACGUGACUAUUUUCAUACUGGAGUGAGAUUUGCAGUUUGAUUUUUUUUUUUUAAAUAAUAAUAGCUGUCGACUAUUAAAGGGUGGCAGAUGAUAUGGAAUCCACCGAUGAAAAUUUACUAUCAUCCUACAGUAUGUACCAGUAGACAUUUUCAUUUCUGACUGUUUUCUUUGUUGGUUCAUAUUUGUAAAUAUAUGGGGGUUUUUCUGCCAAUAAACUUUAAUGGCAAGUGUAGAAAAAAUAGCAGAAAAAAGGAUUCUUCUGCUAAAUGUAUAAAUUAUGUAUUCUUUGAUCAACUGUCCUGUCUUUAAAACUGUGGGGGUUUUGUCUUAAAAAAACCAAAAAACCAAAAAAAAUGUUUGCCGUGUGGAUCGAAUUUAGGUGAUAUGAGCGGAAGUUAGUGCCAUCCCGUUACCACGUCUGGUCUUGGAAGGCACAAGAACUAAGUGAAGAGUUUCAAAAGGGGAUUUCAGAUAGUUAAUAAUCAAACUGAGAAGAGCUGUACAAUAAGUUUUCAAACUUAAUAAGUUUUUUUGCGGGGGCGGGGGGGGGUUCCCAUGUGUGAGUAUUUUCUGUAAAUCCAUAAUGACUUGCGUGCUGCUGUUUAAAUGCAACUGAACCUGGAUUCUUAUUCUAUUUCAAACCAUCUUUGCUCUUGGGCAGGAUAGAAUGUUUACAAGACUCCGAAAGACCUUGAUGGAGAACUUUUUUUAAAAAAAAUUAGGCUCAAAAUGCCUAGCAGAGCAUUUUUCCAGAAGGGUUUUCUAAUCGGGAUCUGAUGUCAUUUUUAAGAGCAAGGUCAUUCAUUUUUUCAAGAGAGCAGAUAUUUUGUGUGCUAUGAAUGGUCCCUUUGUAGGAAGAGACUGUAUUUUUAUAGCUAAUCCUUAUACAAUUUAAAUUGCGACUUCAAGCAUAUUUUAUCCGUUUCCACGGUUCUUUUAGUAAACUAGAUUAUUUGUGUCUCAGAUUAUCGAUUUUAUAUUUUUACUGGGGAGUAAGGUUUUCUGAGUAGCAAAUCUUUUCGAAUCACGGGCGAAUUUCUGAGCGCAUAUGCAAUCGAUUUACAUUUCCAACCUCUACCUGUGUUCUCUGUACUCCAAGCUGUACGCACUUCUGAAUUUACCGCAAAAAUGCUGUUCCCACUCUGUACUAUUUUGUUUUGCGCCUGCAAAAUUAAAGGGCCUUUUUGACACGA